GCGGCUCGCUGACUCCCGAGCCUCAAGAGACCGUCGUCCAGCAAUGGCGACGCUCGCCAUCGUGCACCCCGACGAAAGCAUGUCUCUGGGCUGCAGCCACGUGGACGUGCAAGAGGCCACCGUCGUUGCGCUGGAGCCACUCCUUGGUCACGUGGACUUGCAGGAGGCCACCGUCGUUCGGCUGAGCAGGUCGAUUGAUGGGAUCCCUUUCGCAGUGCCCCUGCCUGCGUCCGUGCCGACAGCCACGCUGCGACCACCUCGCUGGCUCUACAUCAGAGUGUUUGCAAAGACGUCGACUGGCCUCUUCUACCGGCCCUGCACACUCCACAGAGAUGGCGACCACAUAGACGUGUCGGGCUUUGCCGAGGGCUCGAUGCUGGACUGCAGAUCAGUGAGUGCGGAACGAUACGAGCUGCGCUGCACGAUUCGGCGUGCUGGAGCCGCUGAGCCGAUCCACCUUCGCAUUCGCUGCCUGAAGCGCUCUGACUAUGCGCAGCUGGUCUCCAUCGGUGCCUCUUACGUACCAAAGUCGCUAUUGGACAUUGCGUGAGCUGGACCGAGGUGACCAUCAGAGCUGCUGGCAGAAUGCGUCUCCGAGUACUUGUACGAUUGAGUUGUGCGGUAAAAGUCCUUGUGGAGAGUGCGCGGGGACGGGAUCUGACGCUGAUCUGACGGGGGGACGGGCCGCCGGGCAUUGUGACGCUGGAGCGCGGCGCCCUCAGAGUGUGUGGAGUAUGAGAUAUCAGGGUGCGCUGUGUGUGUCACAUAUUUUAUUUGUGGAAUACGCAUGUGCACCUCCAA